AUGUGUGAUCGACGAUAUAAAGCUACUUCUGGUCUGGUCUGCCAUCCACAAUAUGGCGGUAGCGGAGGGGUGGGGCUCAUCUAUUGCUUUCAGGGCUUGCUGUUCUGUAGACACACUGGUGUUAGAAGUUACAGCAACAAACAUGGCGGGACUAUCUUAGUUGCUGGGGAAGUGGUUGUGGAUGCGCUUCCUUAUUUUGAUCAAGGUUAUGAUGCUCCUGGAGUUAGAGAGGCGGCUGCUGCAUUAGUAGAAGAAGAAACCAGAAGAUACAGGCCGACCAAGAACUACUUAAGUUACUUACCUACCCCUGAUUACUCUGCAUUUGAGACUGAAAUCAUGAGGAAUGAAUUUGAGAGGUUGGCAGCUCGACAGCCUUUAGAACUGCUUAGUAUGAAAAGGUAUGAGCUGCCAGCUCCUUCUUCUGGUCAGAAAAAUGACAUCACCACAUGGCAAGAGUGUGUCAAUAACUCGAUGGCACAGCUGGAACAUCAAGCAGUGCGUAUUGAAAACUUAGAGUUGAUGUCUCAGCAUGGAUGCAAUGCUUGGAAAAUAUAUAAUGAGAAUCUGGUUCAUAUGAUAGAGUACUCUCAGAAGGAAUUACAGAGACUAAGAAAACAGAUACAAGACCUGAACUGGCAACGGAAGAACAUUCAGCUUUCAGCUGGUGCUAAACUACGAGAAAUGGAAUCUACCUGGGUAUCACUUGUCAGCAAAAACUAUGAAAUUGAGAGAGCAAUUGUGCAGCUAGAAAAUGAGCUCUAUCAAAUGAAACAACAACAUGGAGAAGAGAACAAAGAAAACAUUCGACAAAACUUCUGAAUGUGCUUGUUUCUGCUUACCUUGUACUUUUUAACGCUUAUAUUAUAAUUUUCAUUAGUAUCUGCAGUUAUCUGAUAAAUGUGGUAAGGUAUCAUACUUGCUAAAAUACUUUGUGCUGUAGUUUUCCCACAAGAUUUUCUGAAACAGAUUUAUCCACUCUCAUCAGCUAAGUAAACUACUGAGAGGCCCAUUAUUUAUUUUUCAUUAUAUAAAGUAGAGUUUCAAGUUUAUGAAAUCAUUAGUCUCGCUUACAAGAAAUGCAGUGGUAUUUUGUUACAGGAAUUCCAUUGUAUUUUGUAAUUUCUAGAGCAUUUGCAUUUCUACUUGUUGUAAAGAAAUAAAAUACUGGUGAAACAAACCAGUUUAGAUUGUACUUGAAAGUCAUUCUUAACUGGCAGUUCUUGGAAUAAUACGUUAACAGUGCUAAAAGUGCAGCGUCUCCCAAGUUAUGUAUAAACAUUGCUGCUGAAGUUAUGAAAUGUGCUGUUGACUUAUUGUGAAA